AUAAAAUACGAAAGGAGAGAGAAAGAAAGAAAGAAAAUCACAUUACACCUGAAUUUUUGUCUAUAUAUAACGAUGAAUCGGAGUUUGGAUGGCUAUUGCAUGGUAUUGGUAUCGGUCACUUUAUAGUUCAUAGAAUAUAUCAACGUAGGCACAGCAAACCUAACUGCACAUAGAAACGCUCCAUCACAUCGCAUGUCUUCUUCGGUUAUCGCCGUUGCUACCAUUCUGGUAGCGAUUCUCAUUUACCGCCUUUUCAAGCUCAUAUCUGGGCCUUCAUUACCACUGCCACCUGGGCCUCGCCCAUGGCCCAUCGUCGGAAACUUGCCCCACAUGGGCCCUGUGCCGCACCACGCCCUCGCAGCGUUGGCCCGCACCCAUGGGCCUCUCAUGCACCUUCGCUUGGGCUUCGUCGACGUUGUGGUGGCGGCUUCCGCCGCCGUGGCGGAGCAGUUCCUGAAGGUUCACGACGCCAAUUUCUCCAGCCGGCCACCCAACUCCGGCGCCAAAUACAUAGCUUAUAACUAUCACGACCUUGUCUUUGCCCCCUACGGCCCACGGUGGCGGUUGCUCCGGAAAAUUAGCUCCGUUCACUUGUUCUCCGGCAAGGCCUUGGACGACUUUAGACACGUGCGACAGGAAGAGGCAGCAAGAUUGACACGCAACUUAGCAAGUUCAAACUCAAAAGCAGUGAACCUUGGACAAUUUUUAAAUCUAUGCACCACUAAUGCAUUGGCGAGGGUAAUGAUAGGUAGACGAGUGUUCAAUGAAGGCAAAGAUGGUUGUGAUCCUAAAGCAAAUGAAUUUAAGUCCAUGGUGUUAGAGCUUAUGGAAUUGUCUGGUGUUUUCAAUAUUGGCGAUUUUGUUCCUGCCUUGGAGUGGUUGGAUCUUCAAGGAGUGCAAACCAAGAUGAAGAAAUUGCAUAAGAGGUUUGAUGCAUUUUUAACCAACAUUGUUGAGGAACACAAGAUGUACAAGAGUGAGAAACAUCAAGACAUGUUGAGUGCCUUAUUGUCACUUAAAGAGUCUUCCGAGGAUGGAGAAAAACUCACAUAUACAGAGAUCAAAGCGUUACUUCUGAACAUGUUUGCUGCUGGGACGGACACAUCAUCGAGCACAACGGAGUGGGCCAUGGCUGAAUUGAUCAGGAGCCCAAGAAUUUUGGCCCAGGUCCAACAAGAGUUGGAUACUGUUGUGGGACGAGAUAGGCUUGUGACUGAACUGGACUUGCCUCACCUUCCUUAUCUGGAGGCUGUGGUAAAGGAAACGUUUCGUCUUCACCCAUCAACCCCUCUCUCCCUCCCACGUGUUGCAGCAGAGAGUUGUGAGGUCUUUGAUUACCACAUUCCAAAAGGUGCAACUCUUUUGGUACAUGUUUGGGCCAUAGCUCGUGACCCAAAGGAAUGGCCCAAUCCACUGGAGUUCAAGCCCGAAAGGUUCCUCUCUGGUAGUGAAAAGGUUGGUGUUGAUGUUAAAGGGAAUGACUUUGAGGUUAUACCUUUCGGUGCUGGACGUAGAAUGUGUGCUGGUAUGAACUUGGGUAUUAGAGUGGUCCAACUCCUCACUGCUACCCUGGCCCAUGCAUUUGAUUGGGAGUUGGAAAAUGGGCUUAAUCCAGAAAAACUCAACAUGGAUGAAGCAUAUGGGCUCACCCUCCAAAGAGCAUUGCCCUUAUCAGUCCACCCUCAUCCUAGGCUCUCACCACACGUGUACUCGUCAUAACCAUCUUCCGCGUUCAUGUCCUUUUUCUCUUCUUUCUUCCCUUAUUUUAUUAACGGGAAUCUCGUAAUAAAAGAUAAAUUGACACAUUUUAAUUUGUAAAGAUUCCCAUAAAGGGUUCAGUUUGUCAAGUGGUUAUAGUAUCUUAAAGUUUCUACGUUUAGUAUAACUUGUAUUUUAGU